CCGACUCUCUCCUUUCACCAGGAUGUUGUGGUGGAUGGCCAUGUUGGCCGCGGUGGCCAUGGGGUGCGUACUUGGAGUCACCGCGACGCUUUGCCUUGGCUACGACCCCGUCUUCCGCACGGCCUUGAAAUUGGCGAAAUGUCGUCGUGCACACCUCCAUUUCAAACGAUGUGUUCGGCUCGAGCAUGCCUCACAAUGGCGGGCGUUGGCCGCUCUUUCCCGAAGUAUAGCUUCCCGGCCACUCACGUUGGACGAGUGGACACAGCUAAAAGUCAUCCUCGCGGAUCCAGUUGCACGAGCCAUGGCCACGCAAAAACUGCAGCACAGCAGCCAGGUCGACUUGGCGUUGCUCGACGCACUUGCUGGCACCACGAAGCUGCUCCUGGCUUCUUGCGAAGUUACGCACUUGAUGAACUGCUUAUGCCGUCCGGACAACAUGCAGCGGCUUGAACAUGCCAUUCAAGGCAUCGAUCUGCAUGGCGAAACCCCAAAGUCGGCCUUCACCGAGCUUGCCGAGGCCUAUGCAGCGCUGGGCAAAACGCCACGCGUGAUCAUGCAAUCCAUUUCAGCCAUCGUUCGCGCUCACGUAACUAUGCCCUUGGACCUUGUUGUACAAGUGACAAGCUGUCUGUUUUCUCCGUCGGUUUACUUGAGCGUAUCGACGCUUCAGGCUUGGUUACAUCCCCGACACAACUUGUGUCAGUUGAUGUUGCAACACAGCAAUGCUGUCGACGACACGGAAGCGGAGCGGUUGCAUGGAGUGGCCGAGGCCGGUUCCCUUGCCUUUGCCUCGGCUCCAUCGCACACAACGACUUCAGUCGAUGUUUCGUGGCUCAAUCUCGUCCUGGGUCGCUGGUUCGACGAGUACGGGACCCAUUCCGAGCUGCUGGCGACUUUGGCGUGGAAGUUGGAGCGCAUGGUGCAAGCCAAGGCUGUCGAUGUCAAAGUCAUCGACAGCGUCAGCAUCACGAACCUAGUCCUUGGCUCGCAUCCACCGCGGGUGUCCGACCUAGCUCUUCAUCCCACCCUGCAGCCGCACGAGUUGUGCGCUUCUGCCAACAUCGAGUACGAUGGACACGGCACUAUCGAUGUGCAAACGCGGGUGACCCUGUCCAGCCUUGUGCAUCACCAAACUACGCUAUCCCUUCGACUUCACGUCGGGGGGUUCAAGUGCCGAGUUCGUCUGUUUGUUCCCGAGCCAUCUCGAGACCCAGGGUUCGGCUGGGUUGCGUUUGACCGUACCCCGACAUUCCAUCUAUCCGUCACGAGUUGUCCACCACAAGUCGAGCCGUUGCCGCAGCUGGGAGCAUUGCUGAGCGCCGAGCUUGAGGAGGCCCUUGCUGCCCACAUGGUUCUCCCAGUAUGGGCACGCGUGAGCCUGCCGUGGGAUAUGAAUUUUCCACUCGACGUGGUCAUGUCAUCCAACCGUCGGUCGAACAAGUCGAAUGGGGCGCCAAAUUUGGCCGCUGCCGCGGGCGGGUUCAUGGGCGAGGUUGUGGGAGGCGCGAUGGGAGGCCGUCUGGGGGGGCACGUGGCGCGAGGUGUUGGGGAAGCCGUCGGUGAGCACUUGGCAAAGUAUGCCACCGAACUCAUUGUGCCUAUUGUCCGGGACGCCAUCGCCUCGGCCAAGCACAUGACUCAUCGAGGUGACACCACCGUUGUGAGCAGCCAGAGCGUGGAUGACCUGGUUCACCUGGCGAAACACAGCAAACACCAUAUCGAUGGUGCCGUGGAGGGCGUGCCAUCUCCACAGGUAGACGCAACGAAGGGUGUGGUCAACUCUUGCCUACCUGCCGAAAGCGCUGCAAAAGAUGCCGCCGUCGUGAGUCCCAAAACCUCGGGGGUCGAUGUGGCCCUGUUGGUGUCGCUGGCGAAAGCCAAGAAAUCGAAUUAGCUCAAAUGCAACAUGAAACUGUCUUGGUACUGCCGUUAGAUCCA